UUAACCGGAAGUAAAUUUAUUAACAUGUGCCUGGGCAUUUCCUAGAGUUGAAUAUUUAAAAUAAAUAAUAAAUAUUAAUUUACCAGUAUAAAACAAUACGCUUAAUGUCUUCAGGUGAUGCGUUUGCGUCAGGUGAAGCUCCCGGGAGGGAGUUUGAAAUAUCAAAAUUAAAAGAACUAGAAGCUGAUGAAGAUCAUGAGGAUAUUGAUGAGACUUUGUCUGAGCGGCUAUGGGGGUUAACGGAGAUGUUCCCUGAGGGUCUACGCAACGUCUGUGGGUCAGUGAGCUCGUUUGCCGUUACUGCCAGCAAGGUGGGAUACUCCCUGAGUCGCAGUGUCCUGUUCAUUGCCGCCUCCACUGCCACAAUCAUGGUACUUCCAGUGGUGUUUGAGACUGAGCGGGCACAGCACCAUGAGCAGCAGUUACAGCAACAGAGACAGAUUCUUCUUGGACCCAAUGCAGCUGUGUCUGGCACACAAGGACAUUUACUGCCUGGAAUGAUGCCUGGGGCUAUUCCAACUCAAAUGAGCUCUAAGUAACAAGAGAGACAGAAAGUCAUUGUUCACAGUAUUGAUAUUUUGAAGAUUUGUUUUGUAGAUUGGCGGCAUUGAAUGAGAAUUCAAGGAAAAAUAACAUUAGGAUCAUUUGGAAAGUACUGUAAAUCACAAAAUAUUAGCGAUGUUAAAAUUUAGCAAAAUCAAAUUUAAUAGAAAAGUACAGUAAUGUGCAUUCUAACUAACCAUUGUCGUUUGCUAUCCGUUUGGUUUAAUCAAUAGUGUAUAACCAUUGUGGUGAGUUCAGUUAAUCACAGUCUGUUGUAUGUCUCUUUAAAUUUAGCAUCAUGAAAUAUUAGCAUCUUGUCUGACCUCGCCAAUUCGCUAACAUCUUAUGCUCGCUAACACUUCCUGAUUUACAAUAGUUUUCUUGUGUUGGAAAUGCACAGCAGUAAAGCAGUUAUUACAGUUUUGUCCGUUAGUUAUAUAUGUCCAGAAGAAACGGUUGAUGGGUUAGUGCAGAAAUUAAUUCAGACAAACGUUCAAACUGUAAAUGUACAUCAUCACGUGUGAAUGUUAAUUGUUUUAUUGGUGUGGAUGUAAAAUAAUAAAUAUAUAAUUAUG